GAUAACCAAUAGCGGCUUCAUUACAGUGGUCUGUUUGGUGUUCUUUUCCAUUUCUUCUCAGAUCACCAUGGACAAAGCUGCAAUGAGAGUAACUUUGUUUGGCCUUCUGUUCACUUGUGUCAACUUGGCUGCUAACAAGAAACAAGAUAUAGAUGUUUACAGCUUCCACAUUAACUCAAAGAUCACCAGCCGCUACGCUACCACGGUCAUCACAAGUCGUGUGAAAAACAAGUUAAAUGAAUCUCAAGAGAUCCGUUUUGAGGUCAAGAUACCCAAGGAUGCAUUCAUCAGCCAAUUUAAAAUGACCAUAGAUGGGAACACAUUUGAUGGAGUUGUGAUGGAAAAAGAGGAAGCUCAGCUGGAAUACUGUCAAGCAGUAUCUUGAGGAGAAAGUGCUGGACUGGUCAGUGCUGUUGGAGAAACUUUUGAAGACUUUAAAACAUCAGUGACAGUAGCUGCUCACAGUAAAGUGACCUUUGAGUUGACCUAUGAAGAACUGAUAAAGCGUCGCCAUGGCAAAUAUGAGUUACUCAUCAAUGCCCAACCGAUGCAACCGGUGGAAGAUUGCAAGAUUGACGUACACAUCCAUGAGAAUCCAGGAAUUUCUUUCUUGAAGGUCAAAGGUGGUUUGAACACUAAGUAUCUGACUAAAGCUGUCAAAACCACCAGAGCAGGCGAAUAUGCAAUGGUGAAUUUCUACCCCACUCGUGACCAGCAAACAAAGUGUUAUGAUUGUAGUGAAAAUGGUCUGAAUGGCAACCUGAUCAUUAUGUAUGAUGUUGAGAGACUAAAACAAAGUGGAGAUCUGAAGGCAUCAAAUGGCUACUUUGUCCACUGCUUUGCACCGACAGAUAUUCAGCGCAUUCCCAAAAAUGUGGUGUUUAUCAUUGACCAGAGUGGCUCCAUGUCAGGCAUAAAAAUGUCGCAGACUCGUUUUGCAAUGCUGAAGAUUUUGAGUGACCUUGCAGAGGAUGACCACUUUGGAUUGAUUACAUUUAGCGAUAAAAUUAAAACCUGGAAACCUGAACCUCUCAAAGCUACUAAAGGAAAUGUGGAAGAAGCGAAGACGUUUGUGAAGGGCAUUACAAGUGAAGGAUACACAGACAUAAAUGCUGCAGUGCUAAAAGCUGUGGACAUGAUCAACAAACACCAUCAAGAGAGAUCUGCAUCCAUCCUGAUCCUGUUGACUGAUGGAGAUCCUACUACAGGUGAGACUGACCCAGUGGAGAUUCAAAAAAAUGUGAAAAAGGCCAUUGAUGGAAAAUUUCCUUUAUACUGUUUGGGUUUUGGGUUUGAUGUCACCUUUGAGUUCCUGAAGAAGUUGUCACUGAAAAAUAACGGUGAUGCUCAAAGGAUCUAUGAGGAUUCUGAUGCUGAUCAACAACUGCAGGACUUCUUCAAGGAAGUGGCCACUCUGCUCUUGACUGAUGUCCACUUUAAAUACGAAGGAGUGGCCGAUUUAACCAAAAACACUUUCAGCAACUACUACAGCGGUUCUGAGAUUAUGGUGGCUGGUCGUAUCAUUGAUAACAGUUUGGACAAUCUCACCUCUGAAGUCACUGCAUUUUCGAAAAAAACUAAGAUGGUAUAUCAUAUUAGUGUACCUAUACAGAAACUAAACAGUAACAAACCUGGACAGGAGAACUUUAUUGAAAGAUUAUGGGCCUUCCUUACAGUAAAGCAGCUACUGGAGAAAGAAGUGACUCUACAAGGCCAGGAAAAAGACAAUGCAAAAGACAAAGCCAUUGAUCUUUCUCUGAAGUACAAAUUUGUCACACCGCUUACAUCAAUGGUGGUCACCAAACCACAGGAUCAGCAAAUCCAGGUUGCCCACAAACCCAGAGAGGGAAAGAAACCAAAUAUGCAUACCCAACCAACAUCAUCAAAAUCGGAUUGUGAUGGCGUUAGUAUGGGACAAGGAGGAGAACUGGAUGAUGAUGGUCGUAUGGAGCGAGGAGGAGAACUGGAUGAUGAUGUCGGUGUUAUAGAGGGAGGAGGAGCCAUGGCACCAUUACCAAGUACAACUCAGAAACCUGUGACAACCUCUCCUCCAUUGAAGAGCAUUAGGAUUUUGAAAUCUUCUGGUAAUGCUAAGCUACUUUGUUACGAUGUUCCUCUUGUUGCUCAAAAAGUCAGACUCCUACAAAAUGACAUAUCAGAGAUUUUUAUGAACGGGCAGCUUGAUUCAGAGAACGGCUUCAGUCAGAUUGCAGUUCGUUACAAAACGCAUCACCAUCUGCUGCUCAGCACUAGUGAGAUUUCCUACUUUGAUGGACAGGACACUGUGAAAUUUUCAUGGGAUCAAGACCUCACCCACCAUGAGACAGAACACGUGUCUCUGAUUCUGCGGAGUAAUGAAAUGGACGUUACCAUGGGAAACAUAGGCCUACGUGUUGUCAUUCUUCUUCAUAAGAAAGAUGAAAAUUUUCUGUGGCCUGCCGUUUGGCAACAGCCAGAAGAUUCCACAGGAAUUUUAGGAGAAGAUGAUAUUUCAUAUGAGGAAAUCCCAGGAUCACAAACACCAACUUUAAAGUUAAAGAACAAGAAAGUGAAGACAUCUUGGGUGAUGGUGACGGACUACAGAUUUUCUUUUGCUCCUGUCAUUGGAUGUUGGCUCGUACCGUUCCAGGUUGUUGCGCAGCGGGAGCUCUCUGACUUCACUGUCACUCAGUUGUAGAGUUCAGACAAAUUUACUUAAGAAUUUUCUUGUCAGUUUUCAUGCUGACCUUAAAAAAUGCAAUCUAUUCUAUAAAAAAAAUUUUUUUGAACAAUAUGAUUCUCAUCUUUUCCAUCCUUUCCCUCUGCUUUAUGAUGCUGGAAUUACCACUUUAUUCAUUUUCUCUAUUUGUUGCUUUAGCUGGCAAACCAUGUGACAAAAUAGCAAUUAAAAUUACACACCAACAAUGUUAUAUACAUAGCAAUCGUUUGAUUGCCGACUUUCUAAAUAUUGAUUGUGAUUAUUUCUGUAAAGUAGACCUAUCUAUUUUUUGAUUUCGAUAAUAAAAUAAAAACAACAGCAAACUUCUACAGAAUGUGAAGUAUUUACAAAUUAUAUCAGAUAAUAUAUUUUCUAAUUGGCAUCCAUCAAUAUUGACUUUUGAGGAGUUCAAGAGACUCUGAUUACAAAUAAAGGGGGUGGUUCCUGAAUCCGAUCAAUAAUAGCCAAUGGAUCGAGCAGCUUUAUUAUGUAUAUCUAUGGACGUAAACAUUUGGGUGAAAACGUCUCGGUUACGUAUGUAACCCUCGUUCCCUGAAGGAGGGAACGGAGACGUACGUCAGUAGUG